AGUUCUGCACAGCCAGUAGGGGGGGAAGUUUGCCAUUGUGAUGUAAUAGGAACCCUGCUAGCUGCAAUGUUUUCCCUCAAUGGGAGGUCAGUAUAGAGGAGGGGGGAUGGGGACUGCCCCUUAGAUGUGUGUAUUGCUGUCUCUGGUUUCCGGGGGAGCUGCAGACCUCCUUCCUCCUUCUAUCACAGCACACAGUCUGCAUGGAGAGCACAGCAUGAAAUUGCAACUAGAAUUGUGACCUGGCCUAGACAAUGGAAUUAGUAUAUGGGCACAAUGGGCAGAAGGUACCCCUGGAAGAUCUGCAGUGGUUUUUGGCAAAGUCAAAGGUCUCCAUCAGUCUGGCGGUUACCGAAUACUCUUCUUUUUUCGAUGGUUUAAAGGAGGGAAGUUUUCUGUCUGAAGAGGAGUCACUGGAGCUGCAGGCCGAUAAGAAGUCUGUCCAUCAAAUUGUAUAUGACUGUCUAUGCCGCAUAGAAGAAAAACCCUUGCUGUUGCAACAUUUCUUUUGGCACUUAUUGCAGAAACCCCUGCGGAAGCAAUAUCCUGAUCUAAAACCCAUUUAUAAAGAAUACAAAGAAGGAAAAUACAAGAAAAGUGCCCUGGUCAGUAGUGACAUGGAUAAAGACCGGAUGACAUUUACUCAGGAUAAAGUAAAGAUAUGUUUGGCAGUCACCGAUCUUUUCCCAUUUGUACAUGGAUUGCAGGAUCUGACUUUUCUCUCUGAAGUAGAAUCUCUGAAACUGCAGGCUGAUCGAAGGCCAGUGUCACGAGUUAUAUACGAGUGCCUCUCGCUGAUUGAGAAGAAGGAUAUGAAGUUAAGCAUUGUCUUUGAAUAUAUAUUCCAGGAAUGUUACCUGAAGUUAUACCCGGGUCUCCAGGAAAUAUUACAAGAACCCGGUGAAGAACAAGUGGAGCUGUUCGUUGGGUGGAAACACUGUUCUGAAUAUAUGCAGAACGUUUUUCAGGUUACCAAAACUGGCAUCUGCCAAGCUAUAAAUGAACUGUUUCCAUUCAUAUAUGGCCUGCAUGAUGUUGGACUGCUAUCGAGGAUAGAAUUACUGACGCUGCAGGCUGACAAGAGACCCACAAAGGAUGUAUUGUACGAAGCCCUGUCUUUCAUCGAGCAGAAGAAUGAAAUAGAAGCACUUUGUGCCUAUGUGUUUUGUGAGUUCUACAUAAAGCUGUUUCCUCCCCUCAAGGUCAUCCUGCGGAGGUUGAAAGAAGCAAUAAUGUUGGAUAAGAAUCUACCCUCAGCAGAUUCUAUAACGUCUCCUGGACAUAUUAAAAAGUCAAAGGACAGGAGAGAUAGUCCCGACCCUGAAAAACACAAAGCAGCCGAUAACUCAAAGCCAUUGUCACAGAAUGGCCCAGCCCCAAAGAGAGCACUCCAUAGCUCGCCAACAGGUACAGGACUUCCAGAGAAAAUGCCAUUGGUAGCUGGACCUUCGGACAUCAAAACUGUAAUAAAAAUAUACAAAUGCGAUUAUGGCCACUGCAGAAGGGCUUUCAGCAAUCUUUCCAAAUUUAAAGCCCACAAAAGCAAACAUAAAGGUCCUAAAGAGAAGGAUCCCAUCUGGCAACCGUCAAUAAGACCUUAACAACGGUGUGCACUAUUGUGGGGCAAAGUCAUUCGGAUUGUUGCAGAGACUUCCUUUUUUUGCUCUAUACAACACUAGAACCACUUUUUGGAGAAUCAAGAAGAUUCUACAAGCAACAAGAAGAGCUGUUCCUUUAGUCACACCUGAUCAGAGGGCCCAGUUUUCUUUUAGACAUUUUAAAGAAAGUCUUUUAUAUGGGAAGUAUGAAAACGGACAUGUCGUUUCUGUACACGUGCUGGCAUCCAGCAGGGCAAUCAAACGUGACAACAAUGCUUCUUCAUCUUGGACGGAAUCGAUUUUAUUAUUAUUUUUCUAUAUACUACAUGUUGUUUUCUUUCUUGAGGGGGGUUGUAAGUUGGUAGGGUUGUAUAUACAAUGUUUAUAUGGUAAGCUAACCAAAAAGUACCUUCACUCAUUUGGUCCCUUUUUGGUCUGUUUGUUAAUAGCAAAACAAUUUUAAUAGAUAAUUUUCUAUGCUUUCUGCCUCCGCUUGCAGUCUUAUCCAUGAUGGUGUUCCCAGCUAUCUCUGAAAACUACCAGACCCCACCCCUAUGGUAUGGAGAAGAGACCGCCAGUGCACCCUUUACUUGCAGCCUUGUUUUGUGUCAGUGACUCAAAACUUAGUGAAGGAAUGGUGAGAACCAUGGCCAGAAUUUGCAUAUGAUCUCAAUGCUUUUCAUAGUGCCAGAACAAGUAUGCGGCAAGUGAAUGGGAAAGAAAACCUGAUUCUGCGUAUUUGCUCUGGGUCAGUGCCUAAGGCCUUGUACACACGAUCAGACAUGUCCGAUGAAAACGGUCCGCGGACCGUUUUCAUCGGAC